AGGUUUACAAAUGGAUGGAACAGUACGGCCAUCAGGUGGCAACACAGUUUCUUCAUCACCCCUGGAGAAAUGGAUUUCAACUGAUUCUCAGAUGGCGAAAAGCUUUGAAUUUCCUGAUUCUUACAUGAUACAAGACCAGAAUGUUAACCUUAGCUUAGAAAAAUAUUCGGUGGGAGCAGAGAGAGCAGCUGGGCAUUCCUUGUGCAGACCUCUUGACGAUGAUACAGGCUCAAGAUCAAACUAUAAUACGCAGGUGGCAUCUCAUUUUAUGGGAGGAUAUAAAAUUAAUACCAGGGAUGCUCACUAUGAGAAUAGCCUCUUUUCAAGCUCACUGUCAGAGUUGUUUAGCAGAAAAUUGAGAUUAUCAUCAACCGAUCCUUUAUUUGGCCAUUCUUUUGGAGCUGCUGCCUCACACUAUGAGGAAGAUGAGCCUUUUGAAUCGAUUGAAGAAAUUGAGGCCCAAACUAUUGGAAACCUCCUCCCUAAUGACGACGACUUACUUUCUGGAGUGACUGAUAGGCUUGACUAUAUUGCCCAACCCAAUAAUGGAGAUGACACAGAAGAGUUAGACCUUUUUAGCAGUGUUGGAGGGAUGGACUUAGGGGAAGAUGGUUCAUCUCCAGGAGAAAGUAAUUCUGAAUUUACUAGACGAAAUUCCAAUGGUCAGCUGGGGGGAUCUAGUAGUUCAAUUGCUGGGGAACAGCCUUUUGGGGAACACCCAUCUAGAACCCUUUUUGUGAGAAACAUAAAUAGCAAUGUUGAAGAUUCUGAGUUACGAUCCUUUUUUGAGCGAUAUGGAGACAUCCGCACACUAUAUACGGCAUGCAAACAUCGAGGCUUUGUUAUGAUUUCAUAUUAUGAUAUAAGAGCAGCCCAAAAUGCAAUGAAAGCUCUCCAGGACAAACCUCUGAGGCAUAGGAGGCUCGACAUACAUUUCUCAAUUCCAAAAGACAACCCUUCAGAGAAAGAUAUCAACCAUGGCACUCUUGUGAUUUUUAACCUUGACUCUUCUGUUUCAAAUGAUGAACUCCAUAAAAUUUUUGGUGUCUACGGCGAGAUCAAGGAGAUACAUGAAAUCCCGCACAAAAGUAAUCGCAAAUAUGUAGAGUUUUAUGAUGUUAGAGAUGCAGAUGCUGUUCUUUGUGUAUUGAACGGGAGUGAUAUUGCAGGGAAGCGGAUUAAGAUUGAAUCAAGCCAUCCUGGUGGUGCCAGACGUUUGAUGCAACCAUAUGCUUCAGAGCUGGAGCAAGAUGAAUCUGCUCUUUAUUUGCAACAUAGUAGCCCCCCUACUAACUUAACAACAUCCGGAUUCUCUGGGGCAGUUUCUGAAGGGGGAAUCACGUCUUCUAGUAUGGACAAUGGAACUAUCCUGGGUGUACAUUCUGCAAACGGAGCCCCUGUUAGUCCUUUUCUGGAAAACACAUUUCACCAUGGGAUUUCGUCUAGUGUACCUUGCAGCUUACCCUCUCUGGUGAGAGUAGCAUCAGUUGGCAAUCAAUCCAGGGUUACUGAGUCAGUCCACUCACAGGGCCAACGCAAGUUUGAAUUCCAGGGCAUGCCAAAUUUUCAUCCUCACUCCCUUCCAGAGUAUCCUGACAGUUUUGCUGGUGCUCCAGGCAAUUCUCCUGGAAAUCUUGCUGUGAAUAUUACUGCCAGGCCAGUAGACAGAAUCGAGAACAGGCAGUUCUGCAGAGUCAGCUUAAAUGGACUCGAUCUGAAUGAAGGUGUUUUUGGUACCUCUGGAAAUGGGAGUUGUCCCUCUCCUGGGCAGAACUAUAUGUGGAGUAAUUUGCAUCACCCUCAACCUCAAGGCAUGAUCUGGCGAAACUCACCACCAUUUGCUACUCACCCCCUUCCACGAUUGCAUGGAGUUCCUAGAACACCAUCUCAUAUGCUUAACACACUUUUUCCCAUAAGCUACCAACAUGUGGGAUCGGCACCGUCUGUUACUUCUCUCUGGGACCGCAGACAUGCCUAUGCUGCCCCUGAUGCUUCUGUUUUUCAUCCAGGUUCUCUUGGAAAUUUGGGGAUUUCUGCUAACGCAGCGCAUCCUGUAGAACCUGUUCCUCAUAACAUGUUUCCUGGUUCUGGGGGAAACUGUAUGGACUUGCUGUUUCCUUCCACAAAUUUUGGAUUCAACUCCCAUCAGAGGUGCCUGAUAUUUCCCACAAGAGGUCAAAUGAUUCCUAUGAUGAAUUCAAUUGAUUCUCCUAAUGACUGGACCAGGAGUUGUAGAAACGAAGGCUGUUCCAAUAAGCCUGUCAACAAGAAGCAGUUUGAACUUGAAAUUGAUCGAAUUGUGCGAGAGGAAGAUAAGCGGACAACACUUAUGAUUAAGAACAUCCCUAACAAGUAUACUUCAAAGAUGCUUUUGGCUGCAAUUGAUGAACGCCAUCGUGGAACUUAUGAUUUCUUCUACUUACCAAUUGAUUUCAAGAACAAAUGCAACGUGGGUUAUGCAUUCAUCAACAUGAUUGAUCCCCCUCUAAUUAUUCCUUUCUAUCAGGCAUUCAAUGGAAAGAAAUGGGAAAAGUUUAAUAGUGAAAAAGUGGCAUCACUUGCAUAUGCUCGCAUACAGGGAAAAGCUGCUCUCAUUGCCCACUUCCAGAAUUCAAGCUUGAUGAACGAAGAUAAGAGGUGCCGCCCUAUACUGUUCCAUACUGAUGGUCCGAAUGCAGGUGAUCAGGUGCCCUUUCCUAUGGGUGUUACUGUUCGACCUAGACCAAGCAAAAAUCGAGGCAGCACCAGUGAGGAAAGCAAUCAAGAAAGUCUGCCGAAUUUAGCAAAUGGGGAGAAAUCUUCUAAUGAGGACUCAUCUUCAGGUUCUGCAAAGGAUUUAGACUGAGCAAGCCGUUUCCUUUUUGUGGGCACUAACCUUAUAUGAUUGAGUAAUUUAAAUGAAACCCACCCAAAUUUUAUUGAUUUAUAUCUUGGGUGGUCGAUGGAAAGCAAGAAAAAAAAAAGACAAACAAAAAAAAGUAAAGGAUUUCCAUUUUUGGUGCAUCGGAAACGUCUUAAAAAGUUAAAGAAUGCUUGACUGAAGCUAAGUGCAUUACCAAUUAUUAGUGGGUUUAUAUUACCAAGGUGGUUAUUUACAUAUAGGAGAUUCUGAGCACUGGUUGAAUAUUUGCUGCACAUUGAGGAGGUUUUGCCUUCCAUUCCAUUUUCUCCUCGCUUUUUUGUUUCUUGUUUUUGCUGUUUUUCGCACUGUUUUCUCUGGGAGUUGGAGAGUACUCCUUGUUGAAUUUUGAAGUGAUGAUGUCUUGUAACCAUUACUUGGCAGUUUGGAGAGUUGUAUGAAUUCUGUUUUUUUUUUGGUCUGUGUUGUAUGAAUUCUGUUACCAGGUCUUUGUCACAAUCUCUUCGAAAUAUCAAAUACUUUGCAUUUUGUAAUUACCCAGAGCAUAUGCUGCUCUGAUCUUCUUAUGUGCCACUAUGUUGUAGGUUGUAGGCUGGUUAGUCUACUAACAACCAUUUUAUGCAAUUAGCAAUUAGCACAACGCAUCACAGUUCCUUUUGUUUUCU